UUUAGAAUGCAAAAUUUUUAUGUUAAAUUAAACUGUUGGCGAUAGUGAUAAAAUAAUUAGGUUAAGUUUAUAAUGUUAUGUCAUUGAGGUGCUUUAUUUUUAUAUAUAUAUAUAUUUGUUAUUUUAUGAUUUAUUAAAUAGAUCUAAUGACUGAUAUACAAAUUAUUACGGAAAGAAUCUGUUGAAAAUUUUAUUUAUCCCAUAAACGAGAAAUAAGUGCAUUUAAAGUAUAAAUACGUUUGAACAAAAUGCGAUUAAUUAUUUUGGAUUCAGCUGAUAAAGUAAGCGAAUGGGCGGCAACGUAUGUAAUGAAAAGGAUAAAUGAUUUCGCCCCAUCUCCGGAUAAAUAUUUCGUUCUUGGAUUGCCAACGGGGGGCACUCCGUUAGGCAUGUAUAAAAAAUUAAUAGAAUUUCAUAGAGCGGGAAAGAUAUCUUUUAGGUACGUUAAGACUUUCAAUAUGGACGAAUAUGUAGAUCUACCUAAAGAUCAUCCUGAAAGCUACCACUAUUACAUGUGGAACAAUUUUUUCAAACAUAUAGAUAUUAAUCCAAAAAAUGUUCAUAUAUUAGAUGGAAAUGCACCAAAUUUAUUCGCCGAAUGUUCGUAUUACGAACAAGAAAUAGUCGAAGCAGGAGGAGUUGAAUUAUUUAUCGGAGGUAUUGGACCAGAUGGACACAUAGCGUUCAACGAACCAGGCUCUUCAUUAGUUUCUAGAACCAGGGUAAAAACCUUAGCCAGAGAUACUUUAAUUGCAAACGCACGUUUCUUCGAUAAUAAUGUAGAGAAAGUGCCCAAACAAGCACUUACUGUUGGCGUGGGAACAGUAAUGGAUGCUAGAGAGGUAAUGAUACUUAUUACUGGCACCCAAAAGGCUUUCGCUUUGUAUAAAGCCGUAGAAGAAGGCGUUAAUCACAUGUGGACGGUAUCGGCUUUCCAACAACAUCCUAAUACUUUAAUGAUAUGCGACGAGGAUGCCACUUUGGAAUUACGAGUAAAGACUGUUAAAUAUUUUAAAGUUUCAUAUACUGGAAAUUCGGUCAAUGAAAUUAAAAAUAUUAUCGAUAAAAGUGAAAGAGAAAAAAUAAAACAAUUCGAGACUGUUCCCAGUGCAGAAAAACGAACGCAGCCUAUAGAAGAUUCAGAUUCAGAAUAUGUUGAAAAAAUAAUUGAAAUAAUACAACCAAAACUACAAGAUUCAGUUGAAGCUGUAGCUGUUACAGAAGAUAUCGAUGCAAAAGAAUCGAAAGUCACUGAAGAGUCAAGUUAUACAAUAUUAAAAAAACACAAAUUAGAAGAUGAGUCAGAAAUAACGACUUUUAUGUUAAAAUCUACACAAGAACCCAAAUUAGAAGAUUCUCUCAUGCCCUGUACAAUCUCAUAUGAUACAAGAAUGAAAUUUGAUCCAGAAUCAAAACUAGAAGAAAUACCGACCGUUGCUGUGGUUCAAGAAUCUGUUCAAGAACCCAAAUUAGAAGAUUCAGUUAUACUCGGAACAAUUUCAUUUGAUACAAGAAUGGAAUUUGUUUCAGAACCGAAAUUAGAGAAAGUUGGGUCAAAAUUAACGACGGUGGUACCCAGAAAUAUGUUAGAAUCUGUUAAAGAACCCAAAUUAAAAGAUUCGAAUGAACCUCAAGCAAUUCCAGCUGAUACAAAGAUGAAAUUUGUUGCAGAACCAACUGUUAAAGAACCCAAAUUAGAAGAUUCAUAUGAGCCUCAGACAAUACCACUAGAUGCAACUAUGAAAUUUGUUAUAGAACCAAAAUUAGGAGAAGUUAAACCAGAAUCAACGGCGAGUGUUGCUGAACCUAUUAAUACAACGUUAAAAUCUGCACAUGAACCCAAAUUAGAAGAUUCAAUUAAGUCUCGGAUAACACCCAUUGAUACAGGGAUUAAAUUAGAAGAAAUUGGGUCAAAAAUAUCGACUGAUGUUAUGGUACCCGGUAAUAAAAUGUUAAAAGCUGAUGAAGAACCCAAAUUAAAAGAUUCGAAUCUACCUCAAGCAGUACCAACUGAUACAAGUAAGAAAUUUGUUUCACAAACAAAAUCAAGAGAAGAUAGGCCAAAAAUAUUGGCCAUUGCUGCAGAACCAACUGAUACGACGAUGAAAGCAGCUGAAGAACCCAAAUUAGAAGAUUCGAAUGAACCUCGAGCAGCACCAUUUGGUACAAUACCUAAAUUAGGAGAACUUAAGCCUAAAGUAUUGGAUGUAGCUGCAGCACCAACUGGUACAAUGUUAAAGACUGUACAAGAACCCAAAUUAGAAGAUUCAAAUGAACCUCGAGCAGCACCAUUUGGUACAAUACCUAAAUUAGGGGAAGUUAAGCCUAAAGUAUUGGAUGUAGCUGCAGUACCAACUGGUACAAUGUUAAAGACUGUACAGGAACCCAAAUUAGAAGAUUCAAAUGAACCUCGAGCAGCACCAUUUGGUACAAUACCUAAAUUAGGGGAAGUUAAGCCUAAAGUAUUGGAUGUAGCUGCAGAACCUACUGGUACAAUGCUAAAGACUGUACAGGAACCCAAAUUAGAAGAUUCAAAUGAACCUCGAGCAGCACAAUUUGGUACAAAGAUGAAAUUUGGAGGAGUGGAACCAAAAUUAACGGCAAUUGCUGCAGAACCAACUGGUACAAUGUUAAAGAGUGUACAGGAACCCAAAUUAGAAGAUUCAAAUGAACCUCAAGCAGCACAAUUUGGUGCAAAGAUGAAAUUUGGAGGAGUGGAACCAAAAUUAACGGCAAUUGCUGCAGAACCAACCGGUACAAUGCUAAAGAGUGUACAAGAACCCAAAUUAGAAGAUUCAAAUGAACCUCAAGCAGCACAAUUUGGUGCAAAGAUGAAAUUUGGAGGGGUGGAACCAAAAUUAACGGCAAUUGCUGCAGAACCAACCGGUACAAUGCUAAAGACUGUACAGGAACCCAAAUUAGAAGAUUCAAAUGAACCUCAAACAGCACAAUUUGGUACAAAGAUGAAAUUUGGAGGGGUGGAACCAAAAUUAACGGCAAUUGCUGCAGAACCAACUGGUGCAAUGCUAAAGACUGUACAGGAACCCAAAUUAGAAGAUUCAAAUGAACCUCAAGCAGCACAAUUUGGUGCAAAGAUGAAAUUUGGAGGGGUGGAACCAAAAUUAACGGCAAUUGCUGCAGAACCAACCGGUACAAUGCUAAAGACUGUACAGGAACCCAAAUUAGAAGAUUCAAAUGAACCUCAAGCAGCACAAUUUGGUACAAAGAUGAAAUUUGGAGGGGUGGAACCAAAAUUAACGGCAAUUGCUGCAGAACCAACUGGUGCAAUGCUAAAGACUGUACGGGAACCUAAAUUAGAAGAUUCAAAUGAACCUCAAGCAGCACAAUUUGGUACAAAGAUGAAAUUUGGAGGGGUGGAACCAAAAUUAACGGCAAUUGCUGCAGAACCAACCGGUACAAUGCUAAAGACUGUACAGGAACCCAAAUUAGAAGAUUCAAAUGAACCUCAAGCAGCACAAUUUGGUACAAAGAUGAAAUUUGGAGGGGUGGAACCAAAAUUAACGGCAAUUGCUGCAGAACCAACUGGUGCAAUGCUAAAGACUGUACGGGAACCUAAAUUAGAAGAUUCAAAUGAACCUCAAGCAGCACAAUUUGGUACAAAGAUGAAAUUUGGAGGGGUGGAACCAAAAUUAACGGCAAUUGCUGCAGAACCAACCGGUACAAUGCUAAAGACUGUACAGGAACCCAAAUUAGAAGAUUCAAAUGAACCUCAAGCAGCACAAUUUGGUACAAAGAUGAAAUUUGGAGGGGUGGAACCAAAAUUAACGGCAAUUGCUGCAGAACCAACUGGUGCAAUGCUAAAGACUGUACGGGAACCUAAAUUAGAAGAUUCAAAUGAACCUCAAGCAGCACAAUUUGGUACAAAGAUGAAAUUUGGAGGGGUGGAACCAAAAUUAACGGCAAUUGCUGCAGAACCAACUGGUGCAAUGCUAAAGACUGUACGGGAACCUAAAUUAGAAGAUUCAAAUGAACCUCAAGCAGCACAAUUUGGUACAAAGAUGAAAUUUGGAGGGGUGGAACCAAAAUUAACGGCAAUUGCUGCAGAACCAACUGGUGCAAUGCUAAAGACUGUACAGGAACCCAAAUUAGAAGAUUCGAAUGAACCUCAAGCAGCACAAUUUGGUACAAAGAUGAAAUUUGAAGGAGUGGAACCAAAAUUAACGGCAAUUGCUGCAGAACCAACUGGUACAAUGUUAAAGACUGUACAGGAACCUAAAUUAGAAGAUUUGAAUGAACCUCAAGCAGCACAAUUUGGUACAAAGAUGAAGUUUGGAGGAGUGGAUCCAAAAUUAACGGCAAUUGCUGCAGAACCAACUGGUACAAUGUUAAAGACUGUACAGGAACCUAAAUUAGAAGAUUUGAAUGAACCUCAAGCAGCACAAUUUGGUACAAAGAUGAAGUUUGGAGGAGUGGAUCCAAAAUUAACGGCAAUUGCUGCAGAACCAACUGGUACAAUGUUAAAGACUGUACAGGAACCCAAAUUAGAAGAUUCAAAUGAACCUAGAGCAGCACAAUUUGGUACAAAGAUGAAAAUUGAAGGAGUGGAACCAAAAUUAACGGCAAUUGCUGCAGAACCAACUGGUGCAAUGGUAAAGACUGUACGGGAACCUAAAUUAGAAGAAUCAUUUGAGCCUAAAACAUUUGCUUCUAUUUCAGAACCUUCUAUCGCACUGUCGAGUUUCGUUAAAGAAUCCAAAACAAAUUCCAUUGUUGGGGAACCAACUGCAACAGCAUUGAGAUGUAGAGAACCAAAAGCAGACGAAAAAUUCGAAUCUAAUGACAAAUCAUCCGAAUAUAUCGAAAAAAUCAAAAGUAGCAAAUCGGUGACUUUCAAAGAACCCGAAACAGAAAAAAUUUCAUUACCCGAUAAAAACGUGGAAAUAAAGCGAAUUUCCGAUAAAACGACGCAACAUACGGAAAACGUCGUAUCCGCCACACAAACGCGACCGAUAAAAACGCAUAAAGAAGAAUCGGAAUCAUUAGAAAAGACAAUAGACAAUAGACAAAUCGAAUCAACGGUAAUAAUCGAUAGAGAGGAACCACUUCUCGCCGAAAAACAUCUAGAGGCAAUUAAAUCCAGUAGGAGUAUUCAAGUGCCGCACGAGAAACCUCCGGAAUCGAUGAAAACUAACAGAUCGAUCCAAGUAUCUGACGAACCCGAAGCGAAACAUUUCGAACCGAUUUUAUCGAGUAGGAGCGUCCAAGUAUCCGGUUCCAUACAAAUUGGAUUCGAAGACGAAACGGUUUCUAGUAGAUCGAAUAUCGAUAAACGAUUAGAAACUAAUCGAUCUACUGAAACGUGUCGAUUUAUGAAAAAAAUUAGUACGACGGUACCGAGUUUUAGUGUCGAUUCGUCGAUUAUUAAAUCCGGAGGAUGUUCCGGUAAAAUAACCGCCACCAGGAAUCAGUCUCAAUGUUCUAUUAAGUUGAAGUGUAUCGAAUCGUUCGCCGCCGUUCAACGGUCUAAUAAAAAUCGAGACGGAAAAUCGAAAAGUGAAUCGGCGGAAAAAUAAUUUUUUUUUUAUAUAUAUACAUAUAUAUAUAAAUAUGUACCUCUAUGACGUUUAAAUUUAUUUGUUUUGGUAUAAAAUAUUUUUUAAAUCUAACAAAUUAAAUAUGAAAUUAGCCAGCUGCGGUAUCGGUGUAUAAAAACAAUUUCGUGAAAAAAUUUUCCUCCUUUUUAGCCAGGUCAACACUACCCCGGCCCUGCAGAGGGGCAACUCCUAUAUGAGGACCUAUUCUAAUUCGUCUUCCUUCUAUAAAAAAAAAAUCGUGCAACGAAUCUCUCCCAUUUUUUUUUGAGUGUCUAGUUUUUAUUUUUAAUUGAAAAAUUUUCUAAACAACCCUCGUAUAGAUUGAAUGAAAUUGUGUACUUAUUAAUUGGUUGGAAAUGUAAUGAAAAAUGUGGAGAUUUGAAAUUUUUGUACUGAUUGAAUGCAAGGUGUAUGAUACGGAGGUAUUUCGAAAAGUAGUACUAAAUCUAUUUUUUUGGUUUUGAUAUGUCUUUUUUUUGUCAUUUUGACAUUAAAAAAAUAUGAAAAACUUGCUAUAAAUACUUUUUUAAAUGUAAUUGAUUAUGUUACAAGAAGUUUGAACCGUUUUUUCUUAUUGAAUAUACGAGGAUACUUCGAAAAGUAGUAUUCAAUCUAUUUGACGGUUAAAAUAUACUUUACUUGUCAUUUUGACAUUAAAAAAAUAUGAAAAACUUGCUAAAAAUACUUUUUUAAAUGUAAUUGAUUAUAUAUCAAAAAGUUUGAACCGUUUUUUUUAUUUAAUAUACGAGGAUACUUCGAAAAGUAGUAAUAAAUUUAUUUGACGGUUAAAAUAUACUUUACUUGUCAUUUUGACAUUAAAUUAAUAUGGGAAAAUUGCCGAAAAUGCGAUUUUAAGUGCAAUUGAUUGUAUAACAAGAAGUUUGAACCGUUUUAUUUCUUUAAUAUACGAGGAUACCUCGAAAAGUACUACUAAAUUCAUUUGACGGUUAAAAUGUACUUUACUUGUCAUUUUGACAUCAAAUGAUUAUGCCAAAAUUGCGAUUUCAAGUGCAAUUAAUUGUAUAACAAGAAGUUUGAACCGUUUUUUUUUAUUUAAUAUACGAGGAUACUUCGAAAAGUAGUAUAAAAUCUAUUUAAUGCUUCAAAUAUACUUUAAUUGUCAUUUUGACAUUAAAUGAAUAUGAAAAAAUUGCUAAAAAUGCUUUUUCAAUAACAAUUAAAUUAAUGCAAAUGGAAUUAUACUGUUUUUUUUUUGUUAUUUUAUAUACAAAGGCACUUCUAAAAGUAGUCAUGACUAAUAAAUAAUAUUUGCUCAUUAAAAAUUAUCUAAUUUCACAUAAAUACGUAGUUACGACGUUAAAAUUCAAUAGAAAUAACAAGUAAGUACAGUUUAGAUGUAUACAGGUUGUCUCAAUAACAGUAGUAACAUUUAUUUUGUUAUUUGUUCAUAUUUUCGCAAACCCUAUAUUGAAAACAUACACUAAUUGUAUACUUUUUUACGUUACAUAAUUGUUUUUAUAUUUUUUUUCCCUAAAUUCCCAACGUCUCCAAGUAUUUUUCCAUUUUCUUUUACCAAUGUUCCCUUUUACGACCCGUAUAGUUUUAUUUGAUAAAUAUCGUGUUUUUAUAUUAAAUUUUCAUUAAAAAUCUUCCCCUAAACGUUUCAUAUAUAUUUUCGCCUUUUUUAUUGUGACUAACAAUUUUUUUUUUCAAUUUUAUUUUCGUUUCUUUUUUAUAACAAAUUAUAUUUCACUUUGUAUUGAUUAUAUUUAUC